AUGCUCAGAUCGGUUUGUGUCUCCUCUUUCAAAGGACGCAAGGGUGGGAACAAGUCGCCCAACAAAGCAUGUUACAGUGCAGACAUGACUUGUCCGUCAGACAGCGAGAAAAUCGUAAUAAACUGCGGAGGGGUGCGACACGAGACUUACCGCAGCACCCUCAAGACGUUGCCCGGUACCCGCUUAUCUUGGCUUACCGAUCCGGACGCGUUUAGCAACUUCGACUAUGACCCCAAAAUCGACGAGUUCUUCUUCGACCGCCACCCCGGCACAUUCACAUUCAUCCUCAACUACUACCGCACAGGCAAGCUUCACUGUCCCAACGAUGUGUGCGGCCCACUGUUCGAGGAGGAGCUCGCCUUCUGGGGCAUCGACGAGACGGACGUGGAGGCGUGCUGCUGGAUGAACUACCGUCAACACAGGGAUGCCGAAGAGGCGCUGGACAGCUUCGAGCAGCCCGAGCCAGAGGAGCCGGAAGACGACCUGGAGCUGACUGCGGACGGAGAGCUCAAGAGGCUGUGCCUGCACGAAGACGGACGCAAGAGGAGCUGGUGGAGUGUGUGGCAACCCUAUUUCUGGAAUCUUUUUGAGGAUCCGUAUUCUUCCAAGAAUGCCAAGUACUGUGCGUUCCUCUCCCUUCUGUUCAUCCUCAUCUCCAUCACCACCUUCUGCCUGGAGACGCACGAGGCCUUCAACACCAUCUACAACAAAACAGAAAACGUGACGGUGGGCAAUGUGACAAGUCAGGAGAUAGUCUACGAGGUGGUGACCGAUGGCUGGCUCACCUAUGUGGAGGGAACGUGCGUCAUCUGGUUCACCAUUGAGGUCAUGAUGCGCGUGAUCUUCUGCCCCUGCAAGAAGGAGUUCUUCAGUAGCACCCUCAAUAUCAUUGACUUUAUUGCCAUCAUGCCCUUCUACCUGGAGGUGGCGCUGAGCGGCCUGGAUUCCAAAGCCGCCAAAGACGUGUUGGGCUUCCUGCGAGUGGUGCGCUUCGUCAGGAUCCUGCGUAUCUUCAAGUUGACUCGUCACUUCGUGGGUCUGCGGGUGCUGGGCCACACGCUCCGCGCCAGUACCAACGAGUUCCUCCUCCUCAUCAUCUUCCUCGCCCUCGGGGUGCUCAUCUUUGCCACCAUGAUCUACUAUGCCGAGCGCAUCGGUGCCGACCCUGACGACCCUACGGCCGCCAAACACACAAACUUCAAGAACAUCCCCAUUGGCUUCUGGUGGGCUGUGGUCACCAUGACCACUCUAGGCUAUGGGGACAUGUACCCCGAGACGUGGUCGGGGAUGCUGGUGGGCGCGCUGUGCGCCCUGGCGGGGGUGCUGACCAUCGCCAUGCCUGUGCCUGUCAUCGUCAACAACUUUGGCAUGUACUACUCACUGGCCAUGGCCAAGCAGAAGCUGCCCAAGAGGAAGGGCAAGCACAUCCCUCGGCCCACCAUGCCGGGCUCGCCCAACUACUGCAAGCCAGACGCCCUGGCCAUGGCCACUGCCGGGCCGGGUAUGGUGAGCUCAGGCAGCCUGGGGGGAGGGGACUGCCCUCUGGCCCAGGAGGAGAUCAUCGAGAUCAACAGGACAGAUUCCAAGCAGAAUGGCGACGCAGCCAACGCAGCCCUGGCUAACGAGGACUGCCCCACCAUAGACAUGGUGCUUGGGGAGGAGAGGAGUCCUGCUGCUGGGGGUCUGGGCACCGGCGGAAGCCGUGAGCGCUAUCCCCAUGACCGCGCCUGCUUCCUCCUCAGUACCGGAGAGUUCCGUGCUACAGACGGCAACGUGAGGAAAGACGCUGCAGCGGCCAGCCCGGCAUCCCCCCCAGGAGAGGAGUGGUUCAAGCCGGAGGGGCCUCUGCUACAGCAGGACCUCAAUGCAAACUCAGCCUCCUCCUGGAUCAAACCAUAGCGAAUCAGAGGUAACACAAAAGACACAUACAGAAGUUUGGUUGAAAGCACAAUGAGCAAACACACAGUAAGACAGUAACAUGGCAAGCGUGUGCAAACC